AUGACUGAAUUUAUUAUAAAUUGCAAUAAAGAACUCAGUCUUGAUUUAGACGCAACAUCUGUCUUAGAUACAACAGAUUUAGAUGCAACAUCUGUCUUAGAUGCAACAGAUUUAGACGCAACAUUUGUAUUAGAUGCAACAGAAUCGAAUAUUUCUCAUCCUAUUAAAUGGUUUGAAAAAAUAAAGGAUAAUAUUUCUGAAAUUCUUGAGAAUCUUAAUUUAAAAUCAAAGAAAGAAACAAUACAAUUUAUUGAAGCACCUACCUUAGACACAACAAAAUCAAGUGUUUCCUGUCAUUCAAAAUGGUUCGAAAAAACAAAAGACAGUAUUGCCGAAUAUGGAUUUUCUGCAUUUGAAAAUAUAAAAGUAAUUGGAAAAGGUGUGACUUCCUUAAUUAUUUAA